AAAUUACAAUUCUAAAUUCAAAUUAAAUUAUUUUUUUGUCUUAGAUUUAAUAAAAAUUUAUUCACAAAUUAAAUUAGUAAAAAUAUAAAAAACUAUCUGAAUAACUAAAUAAAUAAAUAAAUAAAAAAAAUGCUUUCGACAUUAGAAAAAAUCGAUAUUUUUGGUGUUGGUAUAAACAUUAUGUUUAACUAAUAGAGUAAACACAGGACGAGGUUUGGUGGAUUUAUUACUAUUAUUAUUGUAACACUCCUUUCUUUGCUCUUUCUUUCUUCUAUUAAAUAGAUGAUUUACAAAACAAACCCUUAAGUAAUUUACGAAUAGUAGCUUGUUUCUAAUCCCUCAAGGUACGACCUAUAAACAGAUAAUUUUUCAUUUAUGGUAUCUCUACUUGACUAAAAUUUUAAUCCAAUUUAUGAUGAAUCAAUUUACAGAAUAGAAGCCAGUUUUCUUUAUAAGGAACCUUCAAUCAACCCUGAUGGAUCUGAAGGUCCAUCAGCUUUUAAAAAUUAAGUGAUUUAGAUGGAACUGUGCACAGAGAAACAUUUUUAAGUAGAAAAUGCUAGAGACUAUUUCUUGAAUCUACCUUAUUAGCAAAUGCAUUGCUUUAAGAAUAUAGACGACUUGUAUCUUGUUGGUUAAUUUGAAAUGGAUAUAUUUUCUGUUAUUAACAUAAGUGUAAUCGCUUGUGACGAAAAUGAUCCUGAAAACAAGGUGUAGUGCCUUGAAAAAACUAAAAGGGAUCAGAUUUUAUCCUUAUCAUCACUACAAGUUUACUAUACCACAUAAAUAGUUCAAGUAAGCAAUCACUAAUAACCUUUCAGUUCAAUAGGUACAAGCUACUUCUGGGAAACAAAUAUUGAUUUUUUGUAAAACAUAAGCUUGCUAUUUAUAAAAACAUAUAUUGAAGACAAUCAAGGUUUGAUCUUAGAUGACAUUAAAUUACAAAACUCAUUGCUAUUCAGCAGCGAGCGUAUGAUGAUGUCAAGUAAAAAAGAUUUCUCAAUUUAUAAAAUAGGUAUUUAUUUAGAAAAAAAUAAAGAACAAAAAUAUAGCAGAAAAUAUUUAAAGAUAUCAGAAGCUUUUUCUCAAGUAGGAGGUAUAUUUAAUGUUCUAUUUAUGAUUGGAUGUAUAAUAGCUUAGCCGUAUUCACAAAUGCAGUUAAACAGGAAAUUAUUUAAUUCAACCUUCUUGAUAAACAAAGAUUUUUUUGGCAAUUCAGGAAGCAAUAUUCAAAUUGGUGGCUCUGAUAAAAGUCCUCCAAUUAAAAAAGGAGAGUAAGACAGCUCAAAAUAAUCAUAAUUUUUAUUCAAUUAAAAAAAGCCCUCUUAAAUUCUAACUAAAAAAUAGUCUUAAGUUACAGCUAAUUAAAAUUAAGAUCUGUAAACUAAAAAGUCAUCAUUUAUUGAAACAAAAUAAGAAAAAGAUUCAAAGUAGCAAUAAAAUUAAACAAAUGACAACAAUUUCUUAGGUAUAAUAAAAACUCAAUUCAAUGAUCUGAAAAUUUCAACUAAAGAAUACUUCCUAUUUUAUUUUAACUGCUUUAAAUGGUAUAAAUCACAAACAUUAGAAAUGAUACAAUAUGGAUCUUAGUAAGUAUUAAAUUAUAUAGACAUAUGCUUCCUUAUCAAUAAAAGUAUAGAGUUAGAAAAAUUUAAAAGAGUCAUGCUUAACGAGUAGCAAAUCAAGUUAUUUGAUUUUAUUCCGAAGCCAAGUAUUGACUAUCAACUAUUAUAGCAAAUGCAUUCAAGAGAUUAGACUAAGAUGGCUAAAAAAACUUAGUUGUAACUUAAUUCGAAAAAUAAAGUAAACAGUUAGGAAGAUUAAUUUACAAUAAAUAAUCUUGAGAACAAAAUUAAUAAAAAUAAGAUGUAAUUUAAUAUUCUUUCAGUGUAAAAUAAGUCUUUUAUUGAUAAAGCUAAGGAGGCUUAAUUAGCUUUUAAUCACAUUUACAGAAACAAAGAAAACUAAUCAAAAAUUGAUCUCAAAUUAAUUUAGAUGUUAGAUGAUAAGCUUGUUUAACUUCUUGAUGUUAACGGUUUUGAUGAAAGCACAGUUGGAGCUGGAACAAAGUUACAGCUUAAUAAUUAGUUUAGUAAAUCAAAAUUUAGAAAUUUAAUCACAAAUUCAAAUAACCUCAAAAUAGAUUUAUUUUCAGAAUAGAGCCUAAUACUUAAUAAUCCACCCUAAGAGCCCUAAAAUAGGCAAUCAAAUGAAAAUAAAGAUGAAAAUUAGUAGGAUAGGCAAAGUUACAUUGUUUUAGAUAACAUGGAAGUGCUUUCAUUAAAUUAAGAUGGAACUUCAAGCAAAUAUGAAACAUCUGAAAUUAAUUUGAAAGGAAUUCAUAAAUUUUAAAGAGAGUAAACUAAAUUUUUAAUUUCCUAAUUACCAACAACUAAAUGCAAUCUCAGAAGCUCAACUGUUCUUUGA